AGGGUGAAGAGGAAGAGAGCUGAGGAAGAGAGGAAAGACAAAAGAAAUAGGAGGAGAGACAGAGGAGAGGCAGAGCGAGGGAGCGCAAAGUGGAGCUGUAGGGAAAUGGCUUCGGAGGAGACGGCUGGCGGGGCACGCAAAGCCACCAAGAGCAAACUGUUCGAGUUCCUCGUCCAUGGAGUGCGUCCCGGGAUGCCAUCAGGACCAAGGAUGCCCCAUCAAGGGGCACCAAUGGGUCCUCCAGGCCCACCGUAUGGAAACUCCACUGUUCGGCCUGGGCUCACCAAUCCACCAAUGGAGACCAAUCGCAAACGUCCUGCCCCCUCACAACAACAUAUCCAACAACAGCAGCAGCAGCAACAGCAGCAGCAAGCGGUACAGAACAGGAACAGAAACACCAAGAGGAGGAAAAUGGCUGAUAAGAUUCUUCCACAAAGGAUUCGUGAGUUAGUCCCAGAGUCCCAGGCUUACAUGGACCUGCUGGCCUUUGAGCGCAAACUGGACCAAACCAUAAUGCGCAAGCGGGUGGAUAUCCAAGAAGCACUGAAACGACCCAUGAAGCAAAAGCGCAAACUGCGACUCUACAUUUCCAACACCUUCAACCCAGCCAAGCCCGACGCAGAAGAUUCAGACGGUAGCAUUGCAUCCUGGGAACUGCGGGUGGAGGGAAAGUUACUUGAUGAUCCAGGAAAAUUGAAAAGGAAGUUUUCAUCCUUCUUUAAGAGCCUGGUGAUUGAGCUGGAUAAAGAUCUCUACGGACCUGACAACCAUCUAGUGGAGUGGCAUCGCACACCCACUACUCAGGAGACUGAUGGCUUUCAGGUGAAAAGGCCAGGCGAUGUCAAUGUACGCUGCACUCUGCUGUUAAUGCUGGAUUACCAGCCUCCUCAGUUUAAGUUGGAUCCACGGCUUGCUCGGCUCUUGGGUAUCCACACUCAGACACGCUCAUGUAUCAUCCAGGCCCUGUGGCAGUACAUCAAAACCAACAAGCUGCAGGACUCCCAUGACAAAGAGUACAUCAACUGUGACAAAUACUUUCAGCAGAUUUUUGACUGCCCUCGGCUGAAGUUCUCCGAGAUCCCUCAACGCCUGACUAACCUGCUGCUUCCCCCAGACCCCAUCGUCAUAAACCACAUCAUCAGUGUGGACCCAAAUGACCAGAAGAAAACAGCCUGCUACGAUAUCGAUGUUGAAGUAGAGGAUCCACUCAAAGCCCAAAUGAGCAACUUCUUGCUUUCCACAGCCAAUCAGCAAGAAAUUGCCUCUCUUGACAACAAAAUCCAUGAGACUAUUGAGUCUAUCAACCAGCUGAAGAUUCAGAGAGACUUCAUGCUCAGUUUCUCUCGUGAUCCCAAAGGUUACAUCCAGGACUGGCUGAAAUCCCAGAGCAGAGAUCUCAAGAUAAUGACGGACGUUGUUGGGAAUCCUGAGGAGGAGAGGAGGGCGGAGUUUUACUACCAGCCCUGGUCUCAAGAGGCUGUCAGUCGUUACUUCUACUGCAAGAUUCAACAGAGAAGGCAAGAGCUGGAACAAGCCCUGGCUCUGAGGAAUACCUAGAUCGACCCCAGACACCAGCUCCCACUUUGACAACACUUCUACAGUCUAAGCCGCACAAACGUCCUCAUUAUUGCCACAUAGUUUUCUACAGUGAGUGUGUGUGUGUGGGUGUGUUUGUGUGGGCGUGUGUCCCCUAUGUGUUUUAGUUCUCACUGUGACCCAAGGCCCUAAUUACACACAGCCAUUCCGAGGACCCCUUCUGUUUCUGCCUCAGCCAGUCACGGUGCUCUGCUUCAUACAAAUAUUUCACAUCAACCCACCUCGCCCGUAUUUCCAAUCCCUUAAUGCCGAUCUUUCAAAUGUGACACAAGUGUUAUGUAGCACAGAGAUGAAACACAAGUUUCUCACGUGGAAACAUCACGAUUGGGCCAACGGAAUGCCUUUAAAUAUAGAAAAAGUGUUUGUGGCCGUUUCAUACUGCUGUCAGUAUUAUUGCUCUGUGAAAUUAGGUCAUAUUAGUUGGGUAAAGAGUUAUUCAGUAAGGUGCUGCUUGAUAGACUGUAACUCUUGUAUAUGUACAAACGAUUUAACUGCCUAUAUUAGAAUUGUGUAGCCACCGUUGCUAUGAAUUACUGGUUAAAGAAGUAGUGGUUGUGUCACUACAGGGAUGUACUGAUUAAGACUCUAUAUUCAAUGGUCCAACUACAGACUGCAGAAAACUAUCUGGGCUAAAAAAAAAAUUAAUAAUUUGUGAUUAUCUUAAGUUUAUGAUACUGUAAUACUAUAAUAGAAAUGUUCCAGUGUUGGACAGCGUGUUUGCGUCUUUGCCUAAAAGGCAUCUAUGAUUGAUGAAAUUGAGUAUUUUCUCCGUUGUUAUUUUUAGGACAUUUUAUCCAGAGCAACAUACAAUUAUAUUAUUUAUACAAUUGAGCAGUUAAACAUUAAGGCCCAUGCUGUUAAAAACAUUAAAACGUUAAAAAUUUAAAGCUUUCAAGGAAAAGUGUGUUAACCACUGAGCUACCAUUUCACUAAUAUUCAAAGAAAAACAAAUUUUUGAUAUCACUGGUUAGUGUCUUUAUUUCCCUCAUGUUCAUAAAAAUAUAAAUAAAAACUUUAGGUAGCUGUAUGUAGUAAGCAUGAUAAAUAAUAUGAUUUGAAUGAAAGCUUUGUGUCAGACUUUACUUAGUUUUGGUAGUGUUAGGAUGUACCUGUUUGGAAAAAAUAGCCUGUCAUCCUUGUACACUCAUUGAUCUGCAUAGUAAAAAAAAGAAGUUAGAAGUUUUACCAAUAGAGAGUCCUCCAGACAUUGUGUCUCAAAAGCAUCAGAGAACAUCGCACCAACGUGACGCGCAUUUCCUUUGGAAGUCAGUCAGAAUUACUGCUGGACACCUGUGAAUCAAAUGAAAUACUCAAUCUGUCCAUGCCUGAACAUUUGUAGCCACUAUUUAUGGACUAAAUUAGCUAAAUUUAGGACUCCGUGUUCUGUAUUUAAUGUAAAUUAUUAUUCAUUUCUAAAGGAGAAUUUUACUCAAAUCCAUUUGAUCUAAUUACACAGAACCGACUGCACGUAAUCGGAUUUUCCCACUAUGCUCGAAGUUAGUUAACGCUAAUCACUACGUUCCUAGCACAGAGCUUUUCUUGCUAAGUACCAUACAGUAAGUCUGAUGUAGGUAGUUAAGGUGUGACAGUUUGUACAUAUGUGAGAAUUGCUUCGUACUAAACACUAAAUACAUAAUGUAAAGUGCAGGUUAUUUUGUUGUUGUUAUAAUCAGUAUUUAUAAUGUUUGGAUCCCAUUAAGUAUAAAAUGCUGCUCUGAUUUGUUACACACUUAUGAAGUAGAAAGGAUAUUAUGAUUUGAUCUUUUAGGUUGAUUGUAAUCAAGUCUUGUAAUCCCCCAACUUCUUCAUUCGAGGUUCUACAACGUAAAACAGAAAAAGGAAAGCGAUCUGCAGCCGAUUUCUCACGAACAGAUAUCUUAAAAGUAGCGAAUGCCUCAUUUUAAUGUAGAGAGCGUUCCAUCUAUUUUUGUUGCUUGACAUUUACAACAGUAUUGGCACAGUCAAAAGGUGGAGACUAUUUAAAUCAUAACCAAAAAAAAAAACCCCUAGGACCAGAAGUUAUAGAAGCACACAAUAUCCAAACAAAUUGCAGACUCAAGACGAUAUGGAAUGUGCCACAUAUGACUGAUAUUAUGUAAGCAAGUUCUCGCAAACAAAUCGAUGUAGUGUUAGCAGGGAGAAGUAUAUUCUCCUGGGUGGAAAAAUAAGCCAAGCCAUAAAUCGCAACAUGUGAAACAUUUAACGGUCUUAACAACUAAUCAUUGGUCAGGAAAUUAGGAGAACUGUUGAUAAAGUAACUUGCUAUGGGAUAGCAUUUCCCUUUGAUUACUUGUGAGUAAGGCUUGUGAGUAAACUUGUCGCCAACUUUUUACAGAAAAAACAUUCAACAUUGAUAAACUUCAAGCAUUUGAUGAGCAGUUUAAAAAAUUGUGUGAACCAAAGACAAGUGUUGAAUCUUACAACAAACAUCAUGAUUUUUACUUUGCGUACAAAAAACUGUUGAAGUGAAUUUCCUUUAUUCCGGGCCAAUGAUUAGUUGUUUAGGCUAUUCAAAAUGUCAGAUUAUCCCAUUUGAGGUUUGGGUCCAUUAUUUUUGCCUAUACCUAUAUAUGAAGUACGGUAUAGUGAGCUAUGCUGCUGGCCAGCAGUCCAUGUGUGAAAAUCUGCUUUCUCCCACUGACCAUUCGACUGAAGUUCAUUUAAAAAGCAACGCAUACUUGAAGUAUAUGAAUUGGAAGUGUUUUGAAAACACUGUCUUGUAAAGUCUCAAGAUGAAGGUUUUGAGGAAAGAAUGAAGCCCACCCUUUAUGAAGCAACAUUUCUUUAAAAAGAAAGAAAUAUGACAGCAUUGCUUGUAUGCUUUAAUAAGAAAAAAACAAUACUAUAGGUCAGGAUUGUCACAUGACUUUUUUAAAAAUUUCUUUGACAUAAUUUCAGUGGGUCCAAAAGCUGUGUUUACUAAAAAAAAGCUGUGUUAUAUGGAAGUGUGAACAGAACUGAUAUUUUGUCUGUUUUAUGGCUUUCAUGUUGAAUUUCUACCAGCUGUCUCAAGAGCUUUGACUUUAGGUAUUUAUUAUGUCAUUUCACGAUGAAGGGCACUGAGUGAAUGCUGUAGAAACUGGUGAAUUUUAUGUUUAGAUUGAAUUAAAAACAUAAAAAAAAAUUUUUUUUUAAACCACAACUUAUUUUUUGCACUAAGUUGGUAAUCAUGGUCAUUAAAUAUGAUUCACUUGAAACUAAGCGGAGAAAUGAAGGAAAUGCUGACCUGUACUCGUUAUUUUUUUGUUUGUUAGUUGAUAUGUUGUGUGCUGUAUUACUGGUGUAAUUUUGUCUUCGCUCCCCAGUGGCUGUGUGUGUAUGUGUGUUGGUUCUCAGCCCAGUUAGAAGGUAAAAACUAGGUACAAAUGCCUGAACUUGACACACCAAACAUCUCAUAGAAGGAGUGUUCACACAUUCUGUGCAGCCUCAGUCAAAACGAUCGCUGACACUCAGCAUCCACGUUGUUAAAGCCUAUGCAUGCUGCAUGGACAGAUUUUUCUACUUUCAUACAUUUUUCAGACUGACUCCAGAAGAACACAGACCCAGAAAGAAUGGGUCAAAGCUACAAAAAAAGGACAAAAGAUGACUCUUCUGGUCAGCUAGUUUUCUUUUGUUGUUGUUUUUUUUUUUAAAUAAGUCUUCUGUAUUGUUGUUGUCUUGUCUUUAUAAAAGACCUAGUGGUUUUAGUAUGAAAAAUAGAAGCACACAACAGAUUUCUACCAAGAUGCAUCCAGGUUCUGUGUAGUUCAUUAUGACUAGAGCACCCCCUACUGAAUCUCCUGAACAUUGCAUCCAUUGUAUGACAGACCACACUAUGUUUCAGCUUAAUCGCUACGAAUUUUCUGUUUUCUGAUUUUUUUCAUUCUUUAGCCUGCUGGCUGUCAUUACUGACUCAUCUGGUGGAGUGAUAGUGUUCAAAACUGAGUCACUUGUUGGUUUUUUUAUCGAUUGUUAACAUAUAUAUUAAUCUGGCCAUUUUUUUAACCACAGCAGUGACACUGACAUGUUGGUGAGUGUUGCAUUGGUAGGUUAAGACCACAUCCAGAUAUACAAAUAGCAAUUUAAUGUGGACAAAAAGUAAAAAUGGUCAAAAUCGCAUUCAUUUAUAUAUAUAUAUAUAUAUAUAUAUAUAUAUAUAUAUAUAUAUAUAUAUAUAUAUAUAUAUAUAUAAAAACGCUAACAAUUUGUGAGAUUUUUCCGAAGACAGUGUUUCAGUGUUUCACUCCUGCAUGCCAUUAUUCGCUCACAUCAACUUCCACCAGCUCUCGAUGCCAGCUGUGGCCUGUCUUUUAAGUCUGAUGUCAACACAGCAAUUUUGUAUACAAUGGAUGCACACUAUGUACUAACCGAGUGCUUUUCUAGUCAAGUGUUAAUGAACUUUCAGUACACAUGCAGUGAGAUGUUUUUGAUGCUACACUAUGACUACGUUUUCUCACUCGUCCUGUGUACGUUUUCAUCGUUCCACUUUCAACAGAAAGAAACUAGUAUCACAAGUGUGGAUGUAAAUAAAAAAGCGCUUGCCAAAGUUUGUAAGAGAAACCGA